AACUUAAUUCAUCUGAGCUGCUGGAUGACUUUAAAGCAGAUUUAUUAUUGAUCACGAUAGAAUGAAUACUGAAGGGCGUGUCAGUUUUAAGAAUUAUGUAUCUAUUUAAAAUUGUAGCAAUAAGAAAGCCGAAAAUUUAAUCAAGUUAAUUAAAAGGGAUUUGUUGACUGAAACGUGUUGUCAUUUGUUAAAGAAUCGCGUGAGAGAAAAUAUCAUUCAAGGAUUCACCUGCGAAAUUAGAUUUUUAAAAGAAACCUUAUUAAAAACAACUUAAAUAAACAAUUGAUUUCAUUGGAAGGAGGAACUUAUUUGCACUUCAAUGAGAAAGAGCAAUAACCUGUAAGAUUACUUACAAACAUUGUCCUGGUAAGAAGUCAUACAAAAGGGACAGGAAUAAGUUGUAAUGGAGGGUAUAUAAUUAUAUAGUAUGUGCCUACGAAGCAUGUCUGUUUGGAUGUUAGAGAUUGCUAAAGUUUGGAGCUAUGGAGAUCAGAGAUGCCAAAGAGACCAAGAGGAUAUUUUGGGCAAGCAAACAGAAACGCAUGUGACAUUACAUGACAGAAAGUUACAGAAAGAAAAUCGUCAUCACCGAAACUCAAUCGCUGAUUCUAGUUCCGAUAAACAUAAAAAUAGCGAUUCAGAUAUUGUACAAGACUAUAGACAUAGGAAAAACUAUGGAAAUGGUGCUGUUGUAAAAUUAUCCAAACCUCCGUUAGUGAAACAGAAUUCAAAUGUUAGUAGUAAUUCUGAAACUAUACAAUAUGAGCCUUGUAUCGAUCACCUCAUUGUGCCUCUACAACUCGAAGAAUCAAAUCAUGAUAACUCCUCUGAUGACAACCAGUCUAUAAAUAGAUUUCAAUCUUCUCCUCGACAUGCUCCAAAAAUUGUAUAUAGCCAGUCUGAAGAUUAUCCCCGUGUAGGUAGACUUUCCCCAUUUGGAUCCCCUUCAUCUUCGCCCAGAUUAAGACGACAACCAACAAUGGAAACACGACGAGUGUCUGUCACUGACAAUGAUGGUUACACACAACUGAAUCAGUAUCAACUAAAGAAUGAGAUAGGAAAGGGUUCUUAUGGAAUUGUCAAAUUAGCAUACAACGAAAAAGAUGAUGUACAUUAUGCAAUGAAAAUACUUUCCAAAAAACGAUUGAUAAAGAAAGCUGGAUUCUACCGACGCCCCCCUCCAUCAAGAGAUGGAAAACCUGUAAAUAAACCUGUGACACCUCUAGAGAAAGUUUACCGUGAGAUAGCCAUUCUGAAGAAGUUGGAUCACCCCAAUGUUGUCAGAUUGGUGGAAGUUUUAGAUGAUCCUGAUAAAGAUAAUUUAUAUAUGGCCUUUGAAUUGGUAGAGAAGGGAGAGGUUAUGGAGGUACCUACAGAUAAGCCUUUAUCAGAAGACCAAGCUUGGUCGUACUUCAGGGAUGUCAUUUUAGGAAUAGAAUAUUUGCAUCAUCAAAAAAUCAUUCAUCGAGAUAUUAAGCCUUCAAAUCUGUUAUUAGGAGAUGAUGGUCAUCUUAAGAUAGCAGAUUUUGGUGUGAGUAAUGAGUUCACAGGAACUGAUAUAUCACUCAGUAACACUGCAGGUACUCCAGCCUUUAUGGCCCCAGAAACUUUACGAGAGGAGAAAGAAAACUUUAGUGGAAAGGCACUAGACAUAUGGGCCAUGGGUGUCACAUUGUACUGUUUUGUGUUUGGACAGGUUCCAUUUAAAGAUGAAUUCCCAUUAGCUCUUCACAACAAAAUAUUAAAGGACCCAGUCAAGUUCCCUACAAAUAUAAAGAUAACAGAUUCCCUAACAGAUUUAAUACAAAAGAUGUUAAAUAAAAAUCCAGACAACAGAAUUACCCUGCCUCAGAUAAAGUUAAAUCCAUGGGUAACUAAUGGAGAAACUUGUUCCCUGCCAACAGAGGAGGAAAACUGUACACUGGUUACCAUCACUGAAGAAGAUAUAGAUAAUGUUGUUAAACAUGUGCCAAAAUUAGAUACUCUUAUCUUAGUGAAGAGUAUUUUGAGACAGAAAUCCUUUAAGAAUCCAUUCAAGGACAAUGGUGAACAUAAGAAGACAUCCAGGUCACAUUCUGCACCGGAUGCAUUUGCUCAAGUCGUUAAAAGAAAAAUGUCAGAAUCCAAGAUGGAAUCUAGUGUUGAAGAGGUGUCCUGACAGAAUUACUUCCCUUGAAUCUACUGGGUUACUUGUGCUGAUUAGAAGACAGGUUGAUGGUUGUGAUAUUUGUUUUACAAACAACUAUUGUUUUAUAUUAAAAUCUUUGACUUUUAUUUAGAUUUUAUAUAUCUAUCAAUAUUUUAUUGUUGAACAAUUACAACUUUAUUGUAUUCAGUACCUUGAGGGUGUAUUAUAUUUUAUAUAAUGUCGGGUGUAUUUAAUGUAUGCAAAUUAAAAUUCUUCAUUUUGCAAUUUAACAUUGUUGAUGCACAACUAUUCAUAUUAAAAUGUUUUUUAUAUUAAUUACACACUUGUACAUAUUUUCUACUGGGUAAAUUUUAAUCAAAUUUCAACAUUUUAUAUAACUAGAUAGUAGAAAAAAAUUAUAGUUAAGUAGCACUUUUUUAUAUUUUAUACAGUAUACUAGGAUUAUAUAUUUAAAUCUGAUACAGACCUGCAAUUAGAUUUAGCUUUUUAAUAUUUGUGUGUAAUAAUUUCUCUUUUUAUUACUAUUUUUAUCUGGCUCUACCACUAGUGCUAGUUAAAGAAUUUUUCUUUUAUAAUUGUGUUUGUACUAAGUACUGUGACAAUUUGUUUUUCCCAUUUUUAUAACACUAUAUAACCAACACACAGCUUGGAGAGCAAUAGAGCAGAUUGUUACCCCAAGAAAACAUUGUUAACCGAGGUUGACAAUGUUUUACAAGGGAUAACAAUCUGCUCUAUCACCAUUUCUGAAAUGUUAUUGUUUUAUUUAAUUUUGAUAUACUGAAUGUUCUGUUAUUCUUAUAUUUUAAACAUGACACAUGAACAGAAAGUAUCUUAAACAUGACACAUGAAUAGAG